CACAGAGAAGAGACGACGACGAUGAGAAUCAAGACGAUAAAACGAUGACGUAGGAAACAGCAGGAAAAGAAACAAAGGCCGCUCAUGGGUUAUAAAAGGGAGGAUGGACAAGAGGCCUCUGAACACAUACCGCACACACAAAAGAAGCUAAAAACAGAACAUUAUCAAAACAUCCAUUAAACAAAAGAACACCGUCAGAUCAUCCCUUAAACCUCACAAAUCAUAAACCAUGUCCACCGCACCCUCUCGCACACAUGGAACCCUCGAAUCUGCUAAAGGCACCAUAAAGGAAAGCACCGGCAAGAUCCUCGGCAACACAUCCUUGCGCGUAGAAGGCGCCUCUCAGCGUGCAUCUGGAAAUGCGGAAAUUGAAGCUGUCAAGGCCGCCAAUUAUGCCGAUGGACAGAUGGACUCCUUGGGAGGAAAUAUCAAGAAGAAUGUUGGGGGUUUGAUUGGGAAUGAGACAAUGAGAGCUAGCGGCGCCAAGAUAGAAGCGGAGGGCGAGUUGAAAAAGGCUGUUAAUCAGUAGAUUGGUUUUUUGUAUUUUAGUAAAUUAAAAAUGUU